AUCUGAACGAAGCACCUACACAGAAACAAUAUGCCUAAGAAGAAUCAAUCUAAGGGGAAUGCCUUCUAUUGGUUUAUGCAGACCAUCUUGCCGGAUUUGAAGCGUGAAGGUCGCGUUUUCCCGAAUGGUCUGGCUGAUGUCGUCCCAAUAGCGCACCCCAGAUUUAAGGCUCUGUCGCCAGAAGAAAAAGAAAAGUUUGAAAAGAUGGCAAAAGAUUACAAAGCAAAGAUGCGAGGAGUUGAGGGGGACAAAUACAGACAAGAUAACGUUGGAAAUAUUAUAAGUGAACGGAUAGACAAACCGACAGAAGAGAGGAAGAAACGAGACGCACAGACGAAGAUAUUGAAGUCCAGGUGGCCUCCAGGAGAAGAAAUUAUGGACUAUAAAUUCUACCUUAUCAACUUCCAAACUUUAUGUCGGACUACUGCUGGUGAUUAUCUUCCCUGUGAGGUGGCGCUAGUGGAGUUCUCGCUAAGAAAAGGGAUAUCAAAAAUUUACCAGAAGUUUGUAUGUCCAGGAGAGAUUCCUCUUGGUUACAGAUACACAUGCCAGAGUAAUAGUGAUGAGAGCCAUCAGAUUCCAGUGUCAGGAUUUGAGUUAGCAGAUGACAACUAUAGAGGAAUCUGGAUACAGAUGGAGAACUUUGUUAACCCCAGUGGUGAAAAACAGGAGUAUCCACCUUUGUUUUGUAUGAACGAAAGUACUGAAUGUGUAGAUUAUUGCGUUCAAUGGAUUCACUCUCAUGCAUGUGUCGGAAUAAAGAACCGUCUCGAUCGCAUCUAUUCCCUGGAGACAAUGGUCUCGCUACUCUCUGGCCAUAAUGGUGGGAUCAGAGUCUCCGAAACGCAGAUUGCUGAUAUACUUACUUCGACAGCAUUUGACUAUGAGUCAAACACAAGAUGUGAAUGGCAUGAAGAAAAGGAAACAAGAUUUUGCGCUUUGGCAAUCUGCAGACGUUAUUGCUAUUCGAUCUCAGAUGCAAUGGCAGCUAUUUAUAACUUUGAGUUGAUCCCAAAUAGACAUCUCCCAUCACGUUCCAUUCAACCAGUUCACCAUGUAGAUCCUACCGCCCUCGGAACUCAGCCUUCAUGGAUCACAAAUCCUUCAUCAGCCAAUAGAAGAGCUGCUGAUUCUAAUAUUAACCAAUCAAACUCUAACUCAGGACCAUUCGCUUCGACUGACUAUCGUCUUAAAAAGCCACCACUGGAAGAUGAAGAACCCCAGCAAACAAUGAGACGCCCGAAUCUCCCAUCGAUGACAAGUGGUUUUGGGAAUGCCCCCUGGGGAAAGCCCAAAGCAACACAUGGAAUCUCCGCGGCAGCAGCUGGUCAUGUUGGGCAGCCUGCGGAAUAUGGUGUCUUGGAUAAAAUGGUUUCAAAGAGAGUGAAGCAAAAGGCAGAGCAGCAUUUAGGUCAAUAUGAUGGUGAAGAAGAUGCUGAUGAAUAUUACCCAGUGAGUGAACCAGCCUGGUCUACACAAUCCACUGGAUCUACUAGGAACCCUUCCAGCCUUGAUAUAGGAGACUCCGAGGAAUUCCCCUCCCUCGGAGGGACUCCACCAAGAAAACCACAACAAUCCCAGGAUUCUCAGGGUGGGGCUAGAUUUGCAGGUCGAGCUGGUCCCCCACCCCCUGCCUCUGCCCCACAGCCACCCGCUUCAUGGCAGCAACCAGGUCCUAGACCCUCCUGGGGGCCACAGCCCACUAAUACACAGUCGAAGACCCCAUGGGGCCCAGGUAGUGUACGUAAUAUCGGCCCAGGGAGUGUAAGUGGAAAUAGCUCUUCAGCUGGAUAUCCAAUGAUGUCAAGUACCUCUGAAGGAUAUGGGAGUAGCAUUAUUAGCACAAAAGAUGGUGAUGGUGGCCCAGGCAGCUCUGCAAGCAAUGCCGUUGAUUACCCAGCAGCCUCAGAAGUUAACGACACAAACACACUAAAGUCGAGCACCCAACAACCGGCUACUAUGAGAUCCUGGGGGCCACAAAAACAAGGUGCUCCCAGAUCUUGGGGUCCAGGAGCAUCUUGGGGUCCAGGGGCAUCUUGGGGUCCAGGGGCAUCUUUGACAACCUCUCAACAAACUCAACCAUUACAACAACAAGCCCAACCAUUACAACAACCAGCUCAGCCAUUACAACAACCAGCUCAGCCAUUACAACAACCAGCUCAGCCAUUACAACAACCAGCUCAGCCAUUACAACAAACAGUUCCCCAACAACUAGUCCAACAACAACAGCCAAUGACAAGCAGACCACUUCCACCUCAGGCAUUUGGAGGUAUAGGAAGAGGGAGAGGACGUGGCGUUUUGACCAAUCUUGGCAUGCCAAAAGGCCCGGGAAUGCGUGCUGGGGCUAAUCCACCAAGAGGGGGCGCCACUAGGGCUGGAGCAGGUCCACCUGGUGCAAAACUUGACCACCAGAUGGCAGGUCUGUCUAUAUCCCAGGGGGCAUGGGGAUCUGUUGCCCAGCAACCUCAGUAGAAGGAAGUGCAAUAAUGCAAGUGUCUCUUAUGCAGGCUGUGUCAACAAUAGUGAAAAGAAAUUGUUGCCAGUUUUGCCAAUCAUGUGCCUUUGAAAAUUACAGUUUAUAAAUGUACAGAUAAACAAUUAUGAACUCAAACAGUUUUAAGUAAGCCUUCCAUGAACUCGUUUUAAGAAAAAAUUGCCCGCUGGAAUUGCCCGUGAGCAUUUAAUCUCACACAGUAAGAACAUUCACCACAGAUGUUUGAAUAUUCAACUCUGCUGUGUAAGCAUUAACUACAGCUGUGUGGGCAUUUAUCAUGAAUCAGUCUGAGGUGUGUGAGAGAGACCCUACAGGAAGGGGUAGGAAUUUUGACAAAAUAAAAUUGUGCUGUUGAUUCAGCACCCUGCGAGCAGUAAUAGCUGUUUAAAUACAGGGUGGGCCAAUAAAAAUUGGAACAUUUUGAGUAAAUAGAAAAUAAUUUUUAUUGGCCCACCCUGUAUAGUCAAAAUUGUUGAUUGUCAGGAAAAUGGAUUUCAGAAUCCCACCAGCAUGACAAAAUACUUCUUCAAAAUCCAACCCCCUGGAACAACACUGUAUGUUGAAUCUCUCACCUUCCCAGUGUUACAUGUCUCGCACAAACCUUUGAAUUGUGCAUUAUACCCGUUUGAACAUUCAGUAAAGCUGUUAGAAAUCACUACCAAGAUAUUUAAGUCUGAUGCAUACAAUUAUUUCUGUAUUAA